AUGAACAUAAGUUUAUUUGGUUUACUCGUGUACAGUUCUUUAUUUCUUCAUCAUUCCUAUUUUUCUAGUUCUUUGUUCCUAUCUUUGUCUACACCUUUCUUUGUUCAGACAUUCUUUAAUUUCCAUCCUCUUGUUCUUUUUAUAACAUAUUUCUUUCUUUCAUCUCACUUCUCUUCUUACUUUCCAGUCAUUGUCCAGGUUUUUCUUUUUCCCCAUCUUUCUUUUUUCCAUCUUUUACUUCUUUCAUCCUGUCUUUCUUCUUUCUAUGCAUAUAUUUUCCUUUUACUUUUAAUUUCAUUCUUCCUUUCUUUUUUCUUUCUUCGACUUUUCCCAUUUUUCCUUCUUCCUGCCUAUCUUCCUUUAUUUGUCUUCCGUUUUUAUUUUCUCUUUCUUUCAGGCGUUCUUAUUUGCCUCUUUAUGUUUUUACUGUUGUUUUUCUUUAGUUUUUCCAUAUUUCUUCAUUCAUAUUCUUUUCUCCAUAUAAUUACUGUUAUUUAUCAUUCCUUUUUUCCAUUAUACUUUCUUUCUAUUCACAUCAUUCAUCCUUUUCUUUUUUUUUUCUUUCCCACAUUUUUUUUUCUUCCUGUCGCCUAUUUUUCUCGCUUCAUACUCUCUCUCAGUGGAUAUUAA